UUGCGCACGCGCACUCUGUCCCCGGUCCGGCCCGGCUGGGGAGGAAGAUGCUGCUGCUGCUGCAGCUGAGGCGGCGGUUGGAGGCGCGCAGGCUAGGCCUCCCUCGCUCGCCGUGAUGCCGGGUGUCCCCUCGGCGUCGUCAGCGGCGUCGCCAUUCCUCGCCGGGCCGGACCCGGAGGAGCGCUACGACUUCCUCUUCAAGCUGGUGCUGAUCGGCGACGCCAGCGUGGGCAAGACGUGCCUGGUGCAGCGCUUCAAGACCGGGGCCUUCGCCGAACGCCAGGGCAACACCAUCGGCGUGGACUUCACCAUGAAGAGCCUCGAGAUCCAGGGCAAGCGGGUCAAGUUGCAGAUCUGGGACACAGCUGGUCAGGAAAGGUUUCGGACCAUUACUCAGAGUUAUUACCGAAGCGCUAAUGGAGCUAUCCUGGCCUAUGACAUCAGCAAGAGGAGCUCUUUCCAGUCUAUACCUCGCUGGAUCGAGGAUGUGAGGAAGUAUGCAGGCUCCAACAUAGUACAGUUGCUUAUUGGAAACAAGUCUGACCUAAGUGACCUUCGGGAGGUUCAGCUAGAGGAAGCUCAGAGUCUGGCUGAACGCUAUGAUAUCACCUGUGCCAUUGAGACAUCUGCGAAGGACUCCAGCAAUGUGGAGGAGGCUUUUGUAAAGAUGGCAACAGAGCUUAUGAUGAGGCAUGGAGGCCCCAUGUUCAGUGAGUCAAACACAGACAGCAUCAAACUUGACAGCAAGGAUGUAGUAGAAGGAUGGGGGUGUGGCUGCUGAUACAGUUUAUGAAAUAUCUCUUUCAUUGUGACUGGAAUCUAGAGUGUACCUUCCCUUCCCUGCUCUCCAGCUGCCACUCUCUGAAUCUGUAUCAUCCACAUGCUGGUGUCAACGUCCUUCAAGCCCAGUGCAUUCGUGGGUUAGACAUUAACAGUUGCAGGUUGUUCUUAAUUCUGAAAGGACUGUUAUGUAAAGCUAGAAGUUUGUGGCAGUUUAACUGCGGUAGUGUCUGUCAGGUUCUCCUAACAGGAAGCAGAGCAGUUUGAAAAUGAGUUGUACACAGAGAACUUACUGAGAUCUUUCUGUACAAAAAGGGCACGGACAGGGAAAUGCUGCACUGUCAGUUGUAAAUCCUUCUGUGUGGGAUCUUCUCAGUGAAAUAACACUUCUGCUUUUAAGUGAGCAAGGCCUCAUUAAACUCUCAACAUUCCACCAAGUAUUAGAAACCAGACAGGGCUACACUGUUUUUCUGAAUGGGUGUUACAGAUAUGAAAUACUUGAGUAAUUUUCACAUAGGACAAAGCAACUGACAUUUGUCCAGAAUGAGGAACCUCCAUAGAAGUUAGGUUUCCCUAGACACUGAAAUUGCAGCCUAUGUGAAGGGAGAGGAUAGGCUUGCACAGACUCCCCCCCCCCCUUGUUCUUCAGACAACUAGAGAAACCAGCAUUAGCAGUACUGUACAUCUAUGUAAUGUAAGAGUCAGUAAUUUACCUUGAUAUCCACUGCAAAAAACUUGGCAUAGUCAUUGGAUGUAGGACUCACUGAUUUCAGUGGAAUAUUAUUGGAAGUAAAUGCUCAUUUUCAAACAAAAAGGUUUAAGAUUCCAAUAUUAGGAUAGAUAUGUUAAUCCUCUAUUUUGUACCUUCUCAAUAUUUGUUGAACGUAAUAUUAUGGAUUUUUAGUCCUCUAGUAUAUUAAUUUCAAAAUGUGCAUUCAAUGCCAUUAGAGGAAAUGAUAUAUUUUGAAUAUCUACUGUUUUCUUAGCCAUCUUCUUUUUAAAUUAUUAUAAAAUAUCUAAAACAAUUGAAGGUUAGUCCUAUUGCACAUGCUGAUGAAUAAUAAUGUUGUUGGCACAUUUUUCUUGCUUUUUUUUACAUAGGUAGGAUGUUAUUCAGACUAGAACAGAAGGACUCCUUUGGAUCUCUAUAUACUUUCACAUACUUUAGAAUUUGCAUCUUCUGAAAUUUCUCCCAGCCAGUAUUAUGUUAAAAAUUUUAUUACUAUGUGUGUUGUUAGGUGUAACUCAUAUCUGAUGAAUUUUCUGGAAUGACCAACCACCCAUGGUUUGAACUCCCUAUAAAUCACACAACGACUGCUUCCUUUCAUAAUAAUUUUGCUCCAAAUACAGGCAACAUUUUAUGAUUUGUACAUUAUUCCUUUCAUAUGAUUUGUACAUUUACCCCUUUUGUGCAAUUGAGUUGCACGUGGUGUAUCACCUCCGUACUGAUGGAAAUUUUUUAAGUUUUGCUACAAAAUCUGCAAUCUAUUAUUCAAAAAUGUUAUGAAUGUGAAGAAAAUGCAGAUUGAGAAGUACAACAUUCAUCCAGAUCAUUAUUAUUGGAAAUAUCAAAAUAUUCAUGAUGAUUUCCAUGAGCACAAAACAGACAAUCAUUAUAAUGCUGAUAAGAUGUCAGAUAUCUUUUUUAAAGACUGUAUGGUUCAUCAGAAUUAUCCUACACAAAAUACGAAAAGUUGCUAUCUAUUUUGAUUUUUACACCAUAUUUCAGAUGACUGUAUAAUGAAUGUGGUGUAUUCUAACUUUUUCCAUGAAAGAAGUACCCAAAUUGGGCUCUGUUUAUUGCAUUCUUAUUUAUAAUGUCAAAAGAAUGGCUUUAAUUUCAAGUGUUUAAAGAUAUAAACAAAUACAGAGGCCUUAACGUAGUUAUUGGGAUGAUUGUCACAAAAUUCAGGGUGAUGUAGACUGAGAAGGUUUUUUCCUAAAUAGCAUUUUAUUACAAGAUUCACACUGUUGGAUCCAGACUGUAAAUGUGCUGAUUUGCCAGCAGUUAACUAUGCACUAUCUGUGAACUAACAGAAAACAAUUGAGGGCUGUCUAGCUCUGCUAACUGUGUGAGGAACCAAUGCCAUUAUAAGUCUGUGAUCAUUUUGGGUUAAGUAGAUAUGAGGAUGGAGCCAUAGUAGUUUUCUUUAAAGAGUGUACAGUUGUCUUGUGGCAGGCAGCCCCUGUAGACAUCCCCUAUAGAAGUCAGUGCCGUAGAGAAGAGAUCCAAGUCUGUAUUCACAGGCACUUAGACUGGAAUUUGCUUCUAAAAUGAUAGCUUGUAAAGGGCAGGUUUAGAGAGCCCCUUGUCGGUAAAAAUAAAUUAAGCACUUUGUCCUUUUUAAAGAAAAAUAGAUAAGACAUUUCAUUCAUAUUGUAGAAAAAAAUCCAUAGGUGCCUAUUGUAGAAUGGAGAUGGAUGGCCCAUCUACCCCCUCCCCAUCCCUGGAAAACUAUAUGGUCACCCCACACAAUUUUUGCCCUCACACCCUCCCUCAUUAUGUUGACACCCAAAAUGGCCAAUACUGCCUGAAAUUUUCAGGAUAACAAUUGGCUAUUUUGCCCUUUUUUUCACCUCCCUGCCAUAAAAAUGUGUGGUGUUGGACUUUAAGGUGGAAAUCAGUGUCAAGGGCUAUGCUUUGAAUCUCCUUGUGGAGAGAAAAAUGGGGUAUAAAUAAUGAUGAUGAUGCUUUGUUCACCCCUGCCUUAACGGAUAGGUAACACUGAUUAAUUUAUAGUAAAUAUGUUGAUUGUAGAUACUUGUCUGAUGAAGUAGACACCUGAUUGGCCAGAUCACUGUGUUCAUAGGUAUUGGCUAGCAACCAUAGUACAUGCAAUCUGUAUAGUUCGGUCACAUGUAGAGACAUUGUUUCUUGCCUAAAUCAAGUUACAUUAUUAUGACUUUCCAUUAUCAACAUUCUUUUUAUUGUUAGAUCAGGACACAACAUUUUACCAAACCAAAGAUACUUUCUUGCUCUCCCCACCCCCAAACAACAUGUCAUAAACCAAUAAAGCAACAGGCUUUGCCAGAAUUAAUCUAGUACAGAAUUAGGUCCGUAAGCAAACUUUGGAAUUAUCAGUGGAAAGUUAUAGAACACACAAGAAUUGGAUAAUUAUACUGGAUAAGAGAUCAUUUACACUGUCGGCAGCUGUUUACCUAGAUGAAUAAGUGCUUCAAGUAUGCCACCAUUCUAUCAUAGAAAGCAAUAAUCUGUGGCAUAUAAAUAGUUUCUUGUUGAAAAACAUUGAUAUUUAAACACUUCAUAAGAUAUAUACUAUACUAUAUUUUGCAGUAGAGUUAAAAAACUAACAAAUUGGCUCAAGAUUGGGUUGUAUUUGUGUCUAAAAUAAUUUGGCAGUUCAGUAGUAUAAGUGUGCAGUGACCACAAUAAAUUAGUAAUGAAGUUAGAUAGUUAUGGCGUAAAUAUUAGAAAUUUGUUUCCUAUCUGAACUCUUCUUUAAAAAAUCAGAGUUUUGGAAAGUGCUCUGCUUGUAGUAGGUAGCUCUCAGCCUUAAAACCAUGGAGUAAUGUGAACAUUUCUAUUAUAAGGUGUAUGAUGUAGAUUACCUAAACUAUUUCCUUAAUGGCCUUAUAGGCCAAAAUCCAAUUUUUGCUAAACAGCAAGCAAAAUGCAGCUCCUAAGACUGAUCACCCCCAGUGGUUGUCCAAAUAAAUAGUAUUUUUCCAGACAACAUAGUUUUUUUAGAUAGCUACCUUAGGAAACUUUUGACAAAUUCAUUUAAUGCAGAGUCUAUGCAUAUACUUGUUAUUGUGUAUUAGUAUAGUGCCUUCCCUUUAAAGUUUUAUAAAAUAUCUUAAAGGAUACAAUGCUGGAAGUAGGUAGACUUUCACACCUAGCUAUUUUUGUGACAAUAAGAAUGGAAUGUAAAUGGGAACAAAAACAAACUACGUUAAUAGACAUAAUAGUGGAUUCUGAGUGAACCUUGAGGGUGACUGUACAUUCCAUAAAUCAUGAAAAACUUUUCAUAUCUCUUUUUCCUAUGUGAAACUGAGAAACGUAAAUCUGAGAGGACCUAUAGGGUUGUGCAAAGUGCUGCCACAAUCCAUUGUUUUGUCCACCCUCUAAUGUCAUACUAGAUUCCCAACCUGCUGGUUGCCCUUGUCCGUUUUCCUUUCUUUCUCCCUCUUCCAUCCUGGCUCUUUUUGCUUUGGCUUUCCAGCGAUGCUGCUGCUGAUCUGCACUGUUAUUCUUAACCUUUUCAAUAACUAAAAAGUAAGAGCAAAAAAAAUUGAAGACUUUAAUUAAUUUCUUGAACUGUCAGGAUUUGAAGAGGGAAGAAAUGUAAGGAAUUGAAUCUAAAUAUAGAUACAGUACAUUUUGUCUUUCUUUUAAACUAGAGCACCAGCGGGUAAGUUCCACUGAAAUCAUGAGACUUCUACAAACAUAUGUUUAGGAUUAGAGUGUCUGCCUCACUUAAAUACAGUCCAGAAUCCACAUUAAUUUGUGUAGCUCAGAAAGUAAGUUACAGGGUAAAUACUGAGACAAUCUAAAAUGAUUUGGUAUUAUAAUAUAGACAAUGCUUAUAUAGUUCUCUUUACUGUUUUGCAUUUUGAAAAAAUAAAAAUGCAUGAGUGAUUCACAUGCAUGCCCUUAAUAUAUAGAUAAUAGUCAAGGGCCUUUUGUUGGUAUUGUGGUAAGAAACAGUAGAGAAGAUUUUUUUUUCUUCCUCUAAGUGGUUCUCAGACAUUUGAGGACAAUCUGUUUUGAUGCCUAUUUUUUAGGUUUUUAGAUUCCUUGUGCUAUAAGUGAGCAGUGUUUCCUUUUUUGAGAACCCUCCUCACUCAAAUCUUGCAAGAGGGAUUUCCAUGUGAAAGACCAGAUUUUCAUGCAUACACGAUUUUACUAAAUUGGGAAUCACAUGGAGAGAUCAGUUCAUGAUGCCUUCCUGUAGUAUGGUGCACUUUCCAGAUACAUUCAUGUGAGAGCUGUAUCUUACCUUCACUGCAGUGCAGUGAGAUGCCUAUCUCAUUGUGGCAUUGUUCAUCUUACUGAACAACCUGUUUAAUCUGGAUAGCUUGCAAGGGGUGCCACUCCUUUUUUGCAAUGUAACCAGAAUUCUGUGUCCGAUAAUGAGCAAGAUUUUAUAAAACAAGAGCCUGUAUUUUGGAUAUGAAAGGCAUUAAUGAAACAGGCAUAGGCUUCCUGUUUUGUUUUUUAUCUGUCUUUUGCAAAAACUAUUUAAUAGUCUAACAGUAUCGGAAACACAAUAGGGAAAUAUACUGGCCCUAAUCAGAAGAUUAGCAGUGCCUAAAAUUGCAAACGAGUGUACAUGUGCUUGAUAGUAAGAUUCACUGAUGUAGUGGGAACGUAUGCCUGUACAUUAGGACAGUAGCUCAAUGGCAUACUUAAAAUAAAUGUGAUUAUUUGCAACUGACAGCGUUCUGCUAAAAAUAAUGUAAUUUAGAUAAAGGUUUCUCAAGAUUGCAUGAUAUAUUUUUUAAACAUGAGAACCAAUUAUUGGAUGUAAAAUGGUCAGCACAACUAGCAUUCCUGGCUUAUAUUGCCUAACUUUGCUUCUGAUGUUCAGCUCAGGACUGACUAUGAUGCCUGACUUCUUCCCUUCCUCUAUGCCUGUUGAAAAUAUUACUCCCUUCUGCAGUUAUUUUCCCAUUUUUGGUGAAAAGAUACAGGGACACGCUGACCCAAGUGUGACUCAUGUGCAGGUAUGAGCGUAUUGUCCCGUUGAUCUUAAUUUUAGUCUUAAGUCUUAUAUUUUAGUCUGGCUGUCAUGUCACCUGGCGGUAGAACCUACAGAAAGCAAAACAAAACUAUAGAUUCAGGUAUUUUGUGUAUUGUGUUGGCACAGAGUGAGAUCUGAUAGAGUACUAGCUCUAUUUUUUUGAGUGAGGAAAUACUUUUAGUUACAUCUCUUAGUGAUAAAUACUGACAGUCUCUGGAGGUUCCUCAUGUGCUCUGUAUUGUCAGCGACAUUUCCUACUCUGUAAUAGUGCCUCGCUUGAUGAUAUCAGGUGGUUUAAAAAAGGAAAAGAAAAACCCUCAUGUCCCAGGGACAUAGAGCUUCCACUCGCUGUGUAAGAGAAGGCUUGGCUCACAUACUUAGUGGGGAGAAAGCUCUGAUUCAUAUUGAAUUUGCUCAAAUCAUUACAAAAGGACCAAAAGGUUUAAAGAACUCCGGUGUUACUGAAGUGUUCUGCAGUUUUAGAACAGUUUUAUUGCUUGUUAUAAUCAAGGUGUCUGGGAUGAAUCACAGAGCCCACCUUUCUGAUCACCGGCAACUAUCUUGCUUUUCCUUAGCAUGGUGUUCACCAGGUAAGGUGGAAUGCAAGAUGACAAGGGAACAAAGUUUGCAUACAGUAGUCAAUUUUGACGAUUUACUGUCACCUAUUUAUGAAUUUAUAUAAAAAAGUUUAUUUUUAAAAAUCAUGAAACCUACUUUUUUGUAAAUUUUAGCAAAUCUGUAGCAAAUCUGUUGUACUGUGUAUAAUUAAAAUGAGCAUUUGGCUAUUA